AUGGUGGAGAAGGGUGCAGGUGGUAGAAAAGAAGAGGUUGUUACCAGGGAGUACACAAUCAACCUCCACAAGCGUCUCCAUGGCUGCACCUUCAAGAAGAAGGCACCAAAAGCUAUAAAGGAGAUUAGAAAAUUUGCUCAAAAAGCCAUGGGUACUAAUGAUGUUAGGGUCGAUGUCAAGCUUAACAAGGCUAUCUGGAGCCAAGGAAUUAGAAGUGUACCAAGGAGGGUCCGAGUACGCAUUGCUCGCAAGAGGAAUGAUGAUGAAGAUGCCAAGGAGGAAUUAUACUCCCUUGUCACAGUUGUUGAAAUUCCUAAAGAAGAGCUAAAAGGCUUGGGCACCAAGGUCAUAGAUGAUGAAGAUUGA